CACGCGCGAGUAAGAAGGUUAUGACGAGUAGCGAUCGAUGGAUCGAUCGGAAACUAUCGAAUCUGAUCGGUCGAAUGACCGAGGAAAGGAAGGAGAGAAACGUCAGCUCGAUUCGUUCGGUGAGUAUUCUCGUAAACGCUUGUCCUUCAGCAAACACGAUGAGGUUCGGAAGGAGGCGCAUGGUGCCACGUUAAUCGGGGAAGAAGAAAAAAGAGAAAAAGAAAAAGAAAAGAGAAAUAAGAAAACAGCGGCGCGACAGCAUCGAGGCGAUUAUGAAAUUUCUGCCUUUCGUUUUCGGCGCGGUCGGGCUGGAAUGCGUCGACGCGAAGAUGUGGAAUGACGGUGACAAUCAUUCGGACGAGACCUUCCGCAUCUUCGUUUGGAUAGCUCGUCUCAAGCGUUUUUCCCUGAUCGCCUUCAUGCUGCUCAGCGUGCUGCUUUAUUACGUGCCCGAGUCUCGUUCUCACGUACGAAAGGCUUGUUGCUUCUUGAUCGAUUUCGUGGCGGAUGGAUUGAAAUUCGCGCUUCGCGCCACCGACAGUGAUUACCGAAAGAAGAUGAGAGUUAAGAGACGAAGAUUACAAAACGAGCAAGAGAAUCAACGGAGAAGGCGUACAUGCGAGAAAAACAAAAUUCCGACGAACGAAGGGCCAUCUUGGUAUCGAGAGAUCGCGAAACCGCGUUCGAGGCGUUUCGGUCAAGAUGAGAAGUAUCAAAGUCGUCGCCGGGAUCAACGACGUUAUCGCGAGUUCAUGGGGAACGACGGAGGAGGCGUGCCGUGA